AUGGACUCUGAAACUCAGCGAACAAUAGCGCUUCUUGAAGCUCGAAGUGAAUACAGGGAAGUGAAUGAUGAGGAUGCUGAAUUUGAUAUAGAUGAGGAGCUGUCAGAAACAGAAGCUGAGGUUCAAACAGAAGCAGAGGUUCAAACAGAAACACAAGCAACUGCAACGACACAAGCAACACCAUCAGCACAAGCACUGAAACCUCAACGUAAGCGUCGAAAAACCUCAACUGUUUGGAAAGAUUUUGUAUUAGUGGGGAUAGAAGAGGAUGGAAAAGAAAGGGCUAAGUGCAUUCACUGUGGUUCAAAAUUAGUCUAUAAUAGUAAGACUCAUGGUACAAAUCAGUUGAAGCGACACUUAGAGGGUUGUCCUAAGAAGGUAGAUAAGCAUGUGUAUGAUCAUAUGGUAGAUCGUGAGAUGGUUACUGAAGCUAUCAUCUACCAUGAUUUACCAUUUCGAUAUGUGGAAUACGAGAAGACUGCUGCCCUUGAUGUCUAUAGGAGAUAUGAAAUAGAGAAAGAGAAGUUGAAGGGGCUAUUGAACUGCAAGAUCUUAGAAUUUUGUGAGAUGAAGUCUCCACAUACAUGUGAUCUGAUUGCUACUAAGAUCUUCGAGUCUUUGAAGGAAUGGGGUAUAGAGAAGAAGAUUUUCUCCAUUACUCUAGACAAUGCCACAAACAACAAUACUAUGUUGAGAAUUCUCAAGGGAAAGCUUCAGAUGACAAGUGGAAGCGAUGGAGGUCUGUUGUCUGAUGGUAAGCACCUACAUGUGAAAGCAUGGCCACAAAGGAAAGAAGCUUUUGCAGCAUGUGUAGAGAGAGUAGGAAUUAGAGGUGGAGCUGGAUUGUCACUUGAUGUUCCCACUCGCUGGAACUCUACAUACGAGAUGCUGGUUAGAGCUUUCAAGUUUAAGGAGGCAUUUGCUAGCAUGGAGUCUUAUGAUCAGAACUACAAGACCAAUUCUUCAGUGCCUGAGUGGAACCGUGGAGCAAAGAUCUGUGAAUUGUUGAUGCCAUUCAGUGUCAUAACAACCGACUUUUCAGCUCUAGAUCCAAGAAUAAAGAUUGAUAUGCUGAAAGCUGCUUAUAAAGAAGUGGAUCCGAUUACUGCAAGCGUGAAGACUGAAAAACUCAAGGAAAGUUUGAGUGAUCUCUAUAAAGAAUAUCAGAAACUGUCUCAAACAAGUUCUUAA